AUGGCUCUGGAUAUUAAGGAGAUGGUUCGAAAUUUGCAUAGGAUGAGGUUGGAACUGGAGCGUUCUCUCAAUAAUGAGAACGAUUUAUUAAUUCGCAAUGGAUCUAUUGUGGGCCGAAAGCUUCAUGUUUACAACACGAUCCGAUCUCUCCGACACAAAGCUCUUAUGAUGAGAGAUUAUAUAGCUGAAGAAGAAGACAAAGUUAUCGUUUACAUAACAACCUGCGGAAUUUUCAGAGCGGUGUGGGAUCGCUGCCAACAAGCCGUUACGCUUCUGCGAGCUCUAAACAUCAAAGUUGAAGUGCGCGAUUUGAAUUUAGACCCAAGCUACGUCCCUGAGUUGUUAGAACGAAUGCAGUUGUUGCCCGAUGAUCGCGACUUAGUGUUCGAUAACUUGCCCACGAUCUAUGUCAACGGAAAAUAUUUUGGCAACGAUGAAACAUUAUUCUUAUCGAACGAAAAAAAGGAAUUAUCGGCUUUACUAAGAGAUUUUCAGGGUCGUAACAACUGUUCCACAUGCAACGGAGCUGGAUACAUCGUUUGUUCCAAAUGCUCAGGAAGUAAGAAAGCCUCAGGAGAUGCUUUUUCCGUCAGAUUAAAAUGUGCAAGCUGUGAUCAGAAUGGCAUAGCACCGUGCCAAUAUUGCACCCCGAGAGCGCUUAAGCAGAUGUAG